UCCGGCCGGACCCCGGGCUGCGGGGCUGAGCCACACGCUGCGACCACCGCCGGACCGCCGCCCGCGGAGCCAGCCUUCCUUGGUUUCUACAGAAAGCCUCAUUAGCCAUUCUGGAGAUGGACUUGCUCUCUGGAACCUACCUCUUGGCAGUCCUAUUAGCCUGUAUCGUAUUCCAGUCUGGUGCUCAGGAGAAGAAUUAUACGGUGCGGGAAGAACUGCCAGAAAAUGUCCUGAUUGGCAAUUUGCUCAAGGAUCUCAACUUGACACUCGACCCGGAAGUGCCCUUAUCCGCACCGCUCCAGUUCAAACUGGUGUACAAGACUGGGGACGUGCCACUGGUACGCAUCGAAGAGAACACCGGCGAGAUCUUCACCACCGCCAACCGCAUAGAUCGGGAGAAGCUGUGCUCGGGCAUCUUCAGCGAAAAUCGCUGCUUCUAUGAGGUGGAGGUCGCCGUCCUGCCAGACGAAGUCUUCCGGUUGGUCAAGAUCCGCUUCCUGAUAGACGAUAUCAAUGACAACGCUCCUCUCUUUCCCUCCACCGUGAUCAACAUCUCCAUCCCCGAGAACACCGCCAUCAACUCCCGAUACUCUGUCCCUUCGGCCGUCGACCCUGAUAUCGGAGUGAAUGGCAUCCAACAUUAUGAGCUGCUUAAGCCCAAAACCGCUCCGAAAAGGCCAUUUGGAUCCAUUACGAAUGAGCAGGGCCAGAAUGUUUUUGGACUGGAUGUAAUCGAAACACCCGAGGGGGACAAAUGGCCUCAGCUCAUUGUCCAGCAAAUCUUGGAUCGGGAGCAGAAGGACACGUACGUGAUGAAAAUCAAAGUCGAAGACGGCGGCAACCCUCCGAGGUCCAGCACCGCCAUUUUGCAAGUGACGGUCACGGACGUCAAUGACAACCGCCCGGUCUUCAAGGAGAACGACAUCGAAGUGAGCGUCCCCGAAAACGCCCCGGUGGGCACCUCAGUCUCCCAGCUCCACGCCACAGACGCCGACCUCGGGGCCAACGCCCAGAUCCGCUUCUCUUUCAGCAACCAGAUCUCCAGCCUGGCCAAGCGGUUGUUCGCCAUAGACAACGCCACGGGCCUCAUCACCAUCAAGGGCGUCCUGGACAGAGAAGAGGCGCCGACCCACAAACUGACGGUCCUAGCCAGCGACGGCAGCUCGACGCCGUCGCGAGCCACGGUCACGGUGAACGUCACGGACAUCAACGACAAUGUCCCCUCCAUAGACACCCGGUACAUCAUCAACCCCACCAACGGGACGGUGCUCCUGUCCGAGAAGGCGCCCCUGAACACCAAAAUCGCCCUCAUCACCGUGACCGACAAGGACGCCGACCUGAACGGGAAGGUGACCUGCUUCACCGACCACGACGUUCCAUUCCGGCUGAAGCCCGUCUUCGACAACCAAUUCCUCCUGGAGACGGCCACGUACCUGGACUACGAGGCCACGCGGGAAUACGCCAUCAAGAUCGUGGCCUCCGACUCCGGGAAGCCUCCCUUGAACCAGUCGGCCAUGCUCCUGAUCAAGAUAAAGGACGAAAACGACAACGCGCCCGUUUUCACCCAGCCCGUCAUCGGGCUCUCGAUCCCCGAGAACAACGCGCCCGGAACCCAGCUGACCAAAAUCAGCGCCACGGACGCCGACGGGGGACGUAACGCCGAGAUCAGCUACGUGCUGGGCUCUGACGCGCCGCCCAUCUUCAACCUGGAUCGGCGGACGGGCAUCCUCACCGCGGUGCGGAGGUUGGACCGGGAGAAGCAAGACAGGUACUCCUUCACCGUCCUGGCCCGGGACAACGGGAUCCCCCCGCUGCAGGCCAACGCCACCGUGACCGUGUCCGUCCUGGACCAGAACGACAACAGCCCCGCCUUCACCCACAACGAGUACAACUUCUACGUGCCGGAAAACCUCCCCAUGUACGGCACGGUGGGCCUCAUCACCGUGACGGACGCGGACACCGGGGAGAACGCGGUGGUCACCCUCUCCAUCCUCAACGGCCGGGACCAUUUCAUCAUCGACCCGCUGACCGGCGUCAUCAGGCCCAACAUCACUUUCGACCGGGAACAGCAAGGCUCUUACACUUUCCAGGUGAAGGCCGUGGACGCGGGGCGGCUGCAGCGUUCGUCCACCGCCAAGGUGACCAUCAACGUGGUCGACGUGAACGACAACCGGCCGGUCUUCGUCGUCCCCUCCUCCAACUACUCGUACGACCUGGUCCCGACCACGGCCGGCCCGGGCUCCGUGGUGACCAAAGUGUUCGCCGUCGACAACGACACGGGGAUGAACGCGGAGCUCCGCUACAGCAUCGUGGGCGGGAACUCGAGGGGCCUGUUUGCCAUCGACCAACUCACGGGCAACGUGACGCUGAAGGAGAAGGUGAUCUCCGCGGACCACGGCUUGCACAGGCUGGUGGUGAAAGUCAACGACCUGGGCCAGCCGGAGUCCCUGUACGCCAUUGCCCUGGUGCACCUGUUCGUGAACGAGACCGUGACCAACGGCUCGUACGUCCAGGAGCUGGUGCGCAGGAAUAUGGACGCCCCCGUGGGCCAGAACGUGGGGGACGGGGAGAUCACCCCGCAGACCAACGACUACGUCAAGAUCAUCAUCGCCAUCAUCGCGGGCACCAUGACCGUCAUCCUGGUCAUCUUCGUCACGGCCCUGGUGCGGUGCCGCCAGACCCCGCGCCACAAAGUGGUCCAGAAGAGCAAACAGAGCGGGGAGUGGGUCUCUCCCAACCAGGAGAACCGGCAGAUGAAGAAGAAGAAGAAGAAGAAGAAGCGCUCCCCCAAAAGUCUCCUCCUGAACUUCGUGACCAUCGAAGAGUCCAAGCCCGACGACCCCAGCCACGAGCAUAUCAACGGCACCCUCGACAUCCCCGUGGAGCUGGAAGAACAGACUAUGGGCAAGUACAACUGGGCCACCACCCCUACCACCUUUAAGCCCGAUAGCCCAGACUUAGCCAAGCACUAUAAAUCCGCCUCUCCCCAGCCCACCUUCCAGAUCAAACCCGAGACUCCCGUGCCCCCCAAGAAGCACCAUGUCAUACAGGAACUGCCUCUGGAUAACACCUUCGUGAUGGGCUGUGACUCUCUCUCCAAAUGUUCCUCCAGCAGCUCGGACCCCUAUAGCGUCUCGGAAUGCGGCUGUCAGGGCGGCUUCAAGACCCCGGCGCCCAUCCAUACCAGACAGCUCUGAACGUCAUCGCGUCUGAUGUUAUGUACUGAAGUCGUGUGUGAUUCACAAUGAUGUUAAGCCAGCAAACAUGAAAAUAUGGAAAUAGCACGAGAAAGCCCUUUGUCCUGUCUCUGAUUGCCGAAGAAUUUUACCGUCUUCUCCAGAGGGGUUUGGAAGUGGAUCUGAACUGUUCAAGCUGCCCUACUGAAAGGUAUCCAGGGCGAGAUCAUUUUUUUUUUAAGACAAAGAGACUUUAUACAUUGUGCUAUAGUGUUCUAUAACAAGUAGUUUUGCUAAGGAAAACAAAGUAGUUUUGCCCAUCAUUCUGCUUUGAAUGAUGGCUAUUAUAAGAUAAUCUAUUGUUUUUUUUGCGUUCUUUUAUGUUGCUUAUUAUCAUCUUGUUCUAGGACUUUUAUCCUUAUUUAUUUGUGUUAAAAAAUGUUAGUUUCUUCUAUAAAUACUGAAAAAGGGAGCAAUAAAUUUUAUGCAUAUAUUUUAAAAGGAGAAUGUAAAGUUCUUUAUACUCCCCAAAUUUGUGAAGAAAAUUCACCAUCACAAUUUUAGCAAGGCCGUGUCAGUUUAUCAAUUUCAAAUGAAAAUUCAGAAAUAGUCAUAUUGUCGACUUGUCACAUUGAUAUCGUCACUUCCAUAAUAAGGAUGAACUACUCUUUAAUGAAUAGUUUAUUGGCUUUCUAAAAAGCGGUGACAAUAGCUCAGAAAACUAUUACAGUGAACGUUCACAAUUAAGUGGCAAGUAGUCACAAAAAUAUUUUCUCUUUUCCUCGAGAAUGCCACCUGCCUAAUGAAAACCAGACCAUGCUGAUUAAUAUCACAAGGAAUAUUCCUGUAGACCAAUAUUCCUGUCUGUAGCAUCAACUGAUUUAGGACAUUUUACACAAAAUAAACUUUUAUAUGUUUUCUGCUAAAAUUAUCGUAAUUCAUAGGUGUCACUUAUGUAAGUGUGUGAUACACUCUCCAGCAUUUUGGCUCAAGUGAAAGUGACUAUGUAGCACAUUUACUAGGGAAAAAAAUGGCAUGAUAAAGUGACAGUCCUCACUUAUUGGCUACAUUUUUUAAGGUGUUUACACAGCAAACAGUAGUAUUUGCUGAGCUCUUACUGUGGGCGCUAAACUCUUGGGAAAAUGUAAUAGAAUUAGUAGACAUGAACUCUGCCCUCAAGGAGCUUACAAUUAAAAUGAUUAAUGGAUCCCAAAAUACACUAUUUCUUGGAAGAAAGGGGAGUAUAAAGAACCUUUUUCUGCACUUUUAUGAAGGUGGAUAUGACAUUCAUUAUUAGACUAGAAUGGGGUAUUCUUUGAAUUUGGAUCCAGCUGCAUUCAGUAUGUAUUUUUUUUUUCAAACUGGAAAAUUGUGAGUAGGAUUCAUUCUAUACGAUAUACAAUGGAACUAGCGUGUUACUUGAAUGUUUGAUGUAAAGGUAUUUAAAAACUGGUUUAUACUUAGUAUCCCAUUAUCUCGAUUCAGAGUACAUUGUAACUACAAUGACUAUAACUUAAAUUUCCCUCCAUGUACAUGCUGUCUGGCUCUUAUAAAAUGCUUAUUUGGCUACCUGAUCUGUACACUAUAAUAAAUUCUAUUUGUUAAGAAAACAUGUCUUGUAUUUUAGCAUAUGUAUCUCAUAAUCAUAAAUAUGAAUGUUCUAGAGUCCCAUGCUUCAUUUCUCAUAACGUUUUCUUCUCUGAAAG